AUGUUUGCACUAUGCCCCCUUGUAGUCUUUGCCCAGCUCGACGCCCUCGCCAAAGAUGCUGGACUCCUGUACUUCGGCACGGCGGUUAGCCCCAGUGACGGCAGCGACUCGGCGUACUAUAAGCUCGAAAACGACAUCAGAAACUUCGGCCAGUACAACGCCAAGAAGCAGGUUCAGAGCCUAGCACGGCUCAAAGGAAAUCCGGCCAAGGGGGGCUAG